AUGGCCGGCUCCAAUGCUGCGGCGCCGAUCUACCCUGCCGGCACUGUCGCCAAAGUGACAUCCGAUAUCCUUAACGAAACCUUCCACAAUAUAAUCCAUGAUCUCGUCGUCAAGGUCCACCGGCAGGAGAAGGUGGCGCGGAUGCGUUCUGCGGUCGUGCUCGCGAGACAAAAGGCCGAGGAAGGAGCAUACGUGCCCGACGAGUCACCCAGCAGCAAGUCCAUCGUCGAUAAUAAGCCGAGGGAAAUGGUCAUCGACCCCGUCAAACUGGCCGGCACACAUAUUGAGACCGACGCGGCAACCUUCGACCACGGCAAAGUGCUUCUCAAGGGAAAUCCGAUGCAAACAAUGAAAGAAGUCGUAUGCACCGAAUGUCGACUGCCUCGUCUUACAUACCCACCCAACGGCUCAGGCUUCCGACCUACCCCCGAUCCAAACCGCGAAUACUGUCAGAACGGACCGUUGGUCGUAUUACCCGGUCAUGACGUUCAUGGCAAGCUCUUCGCGAUAAUGCCGAACCCAAAGAAGAAAAAGACAGAGAAGGACAGUACAAUCCCCGAAGUUCCGACGAGCAAAUGUCCCGUUUGUCCUCGAUACUUUGUCAUGAACCGUGUGGCACAGCAUCUGGAUCGCUGCAUGAACAUCUCCGGUCGCGGAAGCGCGCGCCAUAAAACCCCGACAGACAGUGGCGCAAGCGGCGCCAACAGUCCCACCUCCUCCGCACCAAAACGUGCCCACACAGACGAGGAUGAAGGCAGUCCCAGCCCAACCAAGAAGAAGAAAUUGAAUGUUUCGAAGAAGGCCUCAGCCAACAAGCCUGGGCCUAGCAAGCUUAAGAACUCGUUCACAGUGGAGGACCACGAUGAUGACAUUAAGAGUGAGAAUGCGGAUGGCUGA